ACAUGGUGACUACAAUAUACUUUAUUGUGAUGGGCUACACAACACAUUCUUGAAAUCACUAGCCCUGAUACUACUCUUCCAGCUCCAACAGCGAGCCAUCGUAUAAAGGGAUUCCUUUCUCAGAGUCGCAUUCACAUGUAUAAAGGUGAAACAACAUUAACUCUGACAACACUAGUUCCUUAGGGCGGCUACCUAGGGAGUCUGCUUUUUAAUAUUACCCGCCAAUAAUGGAUAUAAAUACGAUCCAACAUCGAACUGUUGAAUGACAUUUACAACAACUUGCGCAACCAAACCAGUAUAAUGAAACUAUCAAUCACCAUACUGUCAUCGAUCCUGGCUGUUUGCUCGGUUACUGUCGCCAAUCCAGUCGAUCCCAGUUCGACCAUGAAUGCUGAAGCUAGUGCUUCGACCACAAGCACUGAGGCUAGUACUUAUACAAUGAGUGCAGAGGUCAGCACUCCGACAGCCUCUACAAGCGGGGGUUCAACUGGUGAACCUGACUAUUCGAAUUUUCCUGAACCAUACAACAAACUUGGCAGAUAUUGCUAUCCAUUGGGUCUUCAUCAAAUGAUGCUUAUUGAAAUAGCUGCAAGAAAUUAUGCUAGAGUCAAAAAAGUGUCAGGUGGAAUUAAACUCCUAAUUGAUAAGAUUGAUCUUCAAAAAAAAUUAAUUGAGGAACUGAAGCAGCAAGCCGAAACUCAGGGUCAAGCUUCAAGCGGUUGGUUGGAUACUGCUAAAUCUGAGCUUGAAACGCAGCAAAAAGUUCUUGACGGAUUCGAAGAAUCGAUGAAAAAUCUCUUUGAGAAAAUUGAGGAUUUGACUAAAAAAUAUAAGGAUUCAGAGAAAGAACUUAAACAGCACUUGGGUCUGGAUCCAUCAGUGGAUGAUGAGGAUGACCUACAAUUGGAAUCAAUUCCCGGAUAUGAGGAAUGCUUCGACUAUUUCUACAAUCGCCCAUUACAGCGAUUGACAUAAUCCGGGCAUAGCUCUACUAAAGCAAUCGGACUUUAAUGUUGGCAUACAUUAUUUGUGUUUAUCUGUGCUACACCUAUACUUGUAGUACGUAAGCGUAGUCACCACUGAUGAUGACAUAGUGCUUAGGGACCUUGAACAAUGAU